UGAACCGAUCUAAACGGUUCUUUGAUAUUUGGAACCGGAACUGGUGCACUCUAGAACCGGACCAAAAUGAACUGUUUGAUUGAUUCCGGUCUGGUUCCACGGUUCUAUCGGUUCGAUGUGCACCCAUAGGGUGACCAACCUCCCUGUAUUGACCACUGAGAACUAGUGAAGGCUAUGAGCAUACCGUAUUAUUAAUGGAAUUAAUGUAGUGAAUUCGCCACUUUGUGUUUGCGUGGCGACCCUUAAAUUAUUUGGUGUUGCCCUUGGGUGAUGAGCCCUAAAAUGAAUUAAAUGGACACAUGUGAGGAGUCGCUAUGAUUGCAUCGAGCCUCGUGAUUUGGGCAAUUGUUUGUCAGAAGUGCGGUGGCACAGGCUACGCCGAGCUUCUUGUCUAUUGUGUUGAUUGCCAGAUUUCUGCAGAGCAUAGAUAUUGUUUGGAUGGAAUACAAAUUCUAGAAGAAACCAAACAACACAUAAAGUGGUCAUGUUGGGAGUGCUCGCAAAAGAAUCCGAAAGUAGCUUCUCUUACUAAGCUUAGUGUGGAUGGAGUUGAGGAAACGCAAUGUCAAGAUUUAAGAGUUAGCAGUUCUGCGGCUGUUGCUGUCAAGAAGAGGUGCAAAGACAGCAAAUGUUUCUCAGUUGACAAGGCAGAUGGGGUCCGUUCCAUCAUACAACCUCGCAGUUCUUUGCUGAAGAUAGAGAAGAAGAAGAGGAUUGUGAUUUCAUGCAGUGAUAAAGGUUUCUCAGUUGACAAGGCAGAGGAGGUCCGUUCCACCAGACAACGCCGCAGUGAAUCUCUUGAUAUAGGAAGAGAUGGUUCUUUGCUGAAGGUGGAGAAGAGGAGCAGUUUGAUUUCAUGCAGUGAUAAGAGUGAAGGGGAAAGGAAGAGAAAGCAGCAACGAAGAAGGCUGAUAUUGGCUGAUGGGGAUAGCUCAGAUGAAGAUAAUACGCAUAUGAAGAUUGGUCAGGAUUGUACAGAUGGAGAUGCCACCAAUUGUAGGGUGAUCCGAACAGAAGAACCUGUUGGCUCCUUAUCAUCGAAAGAUGCUGCAAGCCCUGUUCUGGAGGGGCUGCAACCUGUGUUUGUCGGUGCAUCCAAGACGAUGGUUCAAGCUUCUAAUGUCUGCAAUUCCCCAGUAAAAAAUUCUGAUUGCCAGUUGCCUACCAACAAUCAUGAUUACAUCCAUGCACAACCAAUCAUUAACCCAGUAUGGAGGGGAUGUUUUGAUAUCCAUAAUUCUAACUAUGGUGUGAUAGUUGCACAUUUGUCAAGCAAAGCAUGCUCAAGAGUAUUCGAAGGGGCAAACAUGCUACCGCCGGUGCUUCGUUUGGAGAAGCUGCCAAGGACCAAUGCGUGGCCCAAGGCUUUUAAGAGCACCCCUCCUACCGAUAACCACAUUGGCCUUUAUUUUUUCCCCGAAAGUGUAAGUAAUGGAGCCGCGUUCUAUCAACUGAUAUGUGAAAUCAUCAGCCAGGACUUGGUGCUGAAAGUCGUGGUUGGUGAGGCCGAGCUUUUGAUGUUCUCUUCCUCUUUGCUGCCUCUGCAGGACUCAAGAUUCUGUGGGAGGUUUUAUCUGUGGGGUUUGUUUCGAGCAAGGCAAGUCCCUCCAUCGAGUUUGUUUCGAGCAAGCCAAGUCCCUCCAUCGGGUUUGUUUCGAGCAAAGCAAGUCUCUCCAUCCACCAUUGAAAAACCGUUGGCUCUUUCAGCAAGUAAUGCUGAGGAUGUAGAUGAGAGGUGGCUCGCCAAGGGCCAUUUGGAGAACGUUAAUAACGACAGGUGUGAUACAGUUCCCCCCCUGCAUUUUCCCGAAGAACCUGCAAAAUGUGCCAAGCACGAGCAAUCUUUGGAAGAGCAUUUUGAUUUUAGAGAAGAGAGAGCAGCUUGCGAUGAGAAGCUUCCAGGCAUGGAAGCACCAUCUAGAGGCUUGUAUCAUGACGUGAAUGAGAAAAAUAGCAGUGAGUUAGAGUUGUUUCCGCUGGAGGUGGAAAACAUGGCUGUAAUGGCGAGAGUGGGAGGUUGUGGCAGGCUUGAUCUUGACUUGGGACUUGGUCGGUCCACGAUCAAUGGUGGUGGGCUGUGUGGCUCCAAGCACCAAACUGACUACUAUGCAUUUCUAGGAAAAACCCAAACUGAGUAGGAGACCAUGGGCAUGUGGUGUUGAUUGGCUCCUUUACAUAGUGUGGCAGAGCAAGCCCCAAACUGACUACUUGCAAACCCGAACCUAGGAGACGUGUAGGAGACCAUGGCCAUGCGAUGGUGAUUGGUUCCUUUCCGUGGCAGUGCGGCAGUUUUAUUACGUGAGUGAAAGAAGCCUCGACAUCGAGAGUGCGCAGCCAGUUUUAUAGCUGUGGCCUGCUCAAUAAUUGUUUUGGUUCUAUAUCAUAGCCGUCUAUUUAAAAAUGCAUAUGCUGCAGCAAUUUAUUACAAUUUUCUUCUAUUUGGUGCUGCGCCAAUUUUGUAGUUGCAUGUGCUUGUGUGCUCUCCAGUUGUAGUGAUGGGUGAUUGUUUGAUUCUCGCAUGAAAGGAUUGUGUUGGUUACUA